AUGGCGGCCUGGUUCUUCCGCAGCGCCGACGCCUGGGCGCCCUUCCGGCGCUGCGACCAGCGGCGCCUCGAGCAGAGCCUCGAGGGCCUCGAGGGCGCCGCUCCGCGCCGCGCGCCGGUGCCGGUGAACGGCGGCCGUGGGGAGGUGGACCUGCAGCAGCGGCUCUACCUGGACAGGUACGCCAAUGUCUCGUGCCCUGUCCGCCGGAGCAUUUGGUAUCGCAAGAACGAGUUGGGCAUCGAGCCCUAUGAGGAAGCGGAGGAUGCCGAGGUUGAGAGCAUUUAUCAAGCGCUGAAAGCUGGCGAUGCGCAAGCGAGCGCGGUGGUGUCCGGCGACCGGGAGGUGCGCGCGGUGAAGAGUUGGAUCGGGCAGAUCGAGAUGCGGGAGUCGCCCUGCUCUUCCCCAGGCUCUUGGUUCAAUGACGUGGAGGUCCAUCGAGGCUUCAAGGUGGAAAGCCAAGCAGGGGACGAAGAGGAGUUUCUGAGCGAGGAGGUGAGCCACUUCUUCAUCCUGACCCACGGCCUCGGGGAGAAGCUCUCCCGGAAGAUGGGGGGCGGCCUGGCCCACGUGGCCUCCGACCUGCGCAGCGGCAUGCAGCAGAGCUUGCUGCUCCUGGCCGGAUACACCAAGACCGGGACUGCCUGGGAGCCCCCGGAAGACGGGCGGCCGGUGGUGCGCUGUGACGUGAUCCCGCUGGAGUGGUGGGAGAGCCUCCACUCGGAGGACAUGGAUGCCCGUUUGGAGGACAUCACCUUGCCGUCUCUGGGGAUGCUGCGGGAUGUGGCGAACUGCGCCAUCAGCGACGCCAUCUUCUACAUGCAAAACCGUGGCAAGCUGCUGGGUACCAUCCACGUGAAGCUGGAGGAAAUGGUGGCGAGGAUCAAACAGUACAACCCUGGCUUCAGCGGGGGCAUCAGCCUGGUGGGCCACUCCUUAGGCGGGGUGAUCUUCUUCGAUCUGCUGGCGGCGGAGGACCUCUCGUUUCGGCCACGGGCGUUGAUUACGCUCGGGGCGCCCACGGCCCUCUUUCUGCACUGCGCCCAGGUCAACCUGGAUGCGGGCUUGAGCUUGGCCAAGAGCCUGCAGUUUUACAACAUCUUCCACCCCUUGGACCCGGUGGCCUACCGCCUGGAGCCUCUCCUGGACCGCAGCCUGCGCCAGACCCCGCCGGCGCUGAUCCCGGCGGCGGCUGUGGGCUCGGAGUUCUGGCGCUGGGUUGGCCUGGAGGAGUCGGCCGCAGGGAGCCCAACUGCAAGCCCUCCGCGCCUCAAUGGCGGCAACCGGAUCGACUGGAUGCUGCAGGAGGAGUCGAUGACCAGCACGGCAGGAGCAUUGCUGCAAGCCAUCCCCAGCCACCUCUGCUACUUCAAGUCGCCUGAUGUGGCCAUGUUCUUAUGCAUGGAGCUCUGUCAGCCCAAUGCCCGGCGCAGGAGGUUCCGGAAAGCCCACCGCUACGAGAACUCUUGGGAGGUCCGGAAGGUGGGGGUCGCCUGA